AUGAACUCCUACCUCGUAGUCUUCAAGCCCGCCUCGGACGGCGCACACGCCGAGGACAGCGCCAUCAACGACCUCGCGAGCAAGGUCGAGGGAUCGGGCGGGAGCAUCAAGCAUCGGUAUAACUCGAGGGUUAUGAGGGGGUUUGCGGGGACUAUGAGCGAGGAGACCAAGGGCGAGUUGGAGAAGCACCCGGGAGUCAAGUUCAUCGAGCCCGACCAGGCUGUCUCGACGCAGUAG